AAAAUUUGACAUUUUUAUAAAAUUGAUGGAUAUUUAUAUAGCUGUACAAUUAUAAUUUGGUAAAAAUUGUGAUAAUUUUUUUUUUUUUUUUAAUUAAUCAGUGAUUAAAAGAAAAUUGUAAGAGAAAUCAUUUGCAAUAAUUUUAGAAUAUUCUCUAACACGUGAAGGUUACUCCGAAAAUUUUUCAAAUUGUUGGAAUUUUUCAAUAAAAUUUUAAAUAUGGGAAAACGAGCAUGUGGCUUUAUAAUAUUUCGAAGAUUUAAAGGAUCAAUUGAAUAUUUAUUAAUGCAAACCUCAUACGGUCAUCAUCAUUGGACUCCUCCGAAAGGUCAUGUUGAUAAAUGUGAGAGUGAUUUUCAAACUGCUCUUCGAGAAACAGAGGAAGAAGCUGGCUUUUCUCAGGAUGAUAUGAAAAUAUUUACCGAUUCUAAACAUGAAAUGGAAUAUUUAGUGAAGGGAAGACCUAAAAUUGUGAUAUAUUGGUUAGCAGAAUUAGUCAAUAAGAAUAAAGAAGCUCGUUUAUCCAGAGAACAUCAAGACUUUAAAUGGCUUCCCAUUGAAGAGGCUUGUGUCUUGUCUGAAUAUUCAGAAAUGCAAGAUGCUUUGAAAAAUAGUCAUAAAUAUAUUAUUGAAAAACUUAUUUCUUCUGAGUGAUAAUUCAAAUUUUAUCAAAAAGAAGCAAAUUUUAAACACAGCAUAAUUUCUACAAAAUUUACGUUAAAUAUUGCAAAAAAAAUUAAGUUAGACAUUUUAGUAAUUGAAUUUUUUAUUUUUAUUUUUAUUUAUAGACAGCUAUUUUUUUUGAUAAUUUUUAUUGUACCUGUUGUUUUUCGAUGAAUUUUGUUGAAAAUUUAAAAAAAAUAUUUGCAUAAUAAUGUGUACCUAUAAAAUUCUGUGUCUCAAAUCGAUUAAAUUACAGACACAUUUAGAAAUUACUUUUUUUUGUUACAAUUUUACAGAACUAUUUUUAUUUAUUUAUUUGUUUUUUUUUUAAAUAUUCUUUGUUGAAUCAAUUUUUGUUAAUAGUUAUUUUUUGAUGAAUUUAAUAGGAACUAAAUAUUCUUGCAUAAUAAUUUGUUAUAAAAAUUUGUGUCUUCUGAAAUCGAUUAAAAAGACUCAAAUUGAUAAAUAUUUUUUUGUUAUAAUGUAUAUGACUUACAAAACUGAUUUUAUUUCCUUAUUAAUUUUUGAUACUCUUUGUUGUAAUUAUUCAAAAAUUAUUGAAUUAUUAUUUUUAUUUUCAAAAAUUAAAAUUUUGAAAUGUUUAAACAAAAUUAAUUUAUCAGCGAAUUGUUAAUAUUUUUUUUUCGACGAAUUUUGUAAUACCUGAAAAUAUCAGCGAAUUGUUAAAUUUCUUUUUUUAAUUUUGUAAUAGCUGCAAAAAAAUAAAUUGUUAAUAAAAGAAUCUAACUUA